AGCGCAUCAAGUGGAGGCACUCGACGGGCACGGGGUGGUGGCAGGCCGAGGAUAAAAGCCCGCCUCAGACCACGGACCGGCAGACUUCAGCGGGACAGUCACCGGAAGCACAAGGACCCACAAUGCACGCCCUCUACGUCGCUGUCUUGGUGGUGCUGGCGGCGUGCCAGUUGGAGGCGGCGUACCCGCGGGUGCCGUCGGACCUGCUGCGCCCGGAGUACAACAAGAUGCUGGUGGGGCUGCGCGCCGCCAGUGACGCCCGCUGCCACAGCCGCACCACCAGCUGCAACGACUGCAACACCGUCAACACUUGCGCCUACAUUGCCGGCGGCUACACCUUCCUCAAGACCAGCCAGUGCCCCGACUCGCUGCCGUACUGCGACGACGGCAAGUGCGUCAAGGUGUCCUCGGCCGACGUGUGCACCGCUUCGCCGCCGCUCGCCACCGACUUCCAAUGCAACGGCGGCGUGGGCUACUUCCCGGCGCCCUUCGACUGCACCAAGUUCUACGUGUGCACGGCCGGCGACAAGGCGUACGUCUACAACUGCCCCUCCCAGCACGUUUACGACCACGGGCGCGCCGGCUGCGUGCGCCUGGACGAGAACCCCGCCAGCUGCUUCAGCUUCAACUGCGCGCAGAACGCGCAGCAGUACGUGCUGUACGCCCCCAACCCGUCCGUGUACGCGUACUGCGUGGACGCCAACACCGCCCUGGUGGCCAAGUGCCCGGAGAACUCCCGCAUGAACCCGCUCAACGGCAACGAGCCCUGCAAGCCCUACUGCUCCAGGGAGGGCCGCAUCGCGGACGGCGACAACGUGCACGGCUACUACGAGUGCUUCGUCAACGCCGACAACACCCUGUCCGCGCCCGUGCUGCAGUUCUGCCCGCCCAACAUGGCUUUCAACCCCGCCAACCUGCGUUGCGAGGACGAGGCAGCCAGCCCGACCCCCGCACCCGCACCCUAAUUCAAGAGAUGGGCACUUUGGUGCAUUUUAAUUUCGCUGUCAACAUACAAAUUCCGGCAAAAAACCAUGAUUACAAAUAAAAUUUGAUACCCAUAUC